CUGAUAGUGAGGGCAGGGCCGAAAGCGGGAGCCCUGGAGGUGGGGUGGACUGUGGGCGCAUCCCCUAGGUUCACCCGGCUUCCCUGGGUUAUCUCUGGUUCCACGGCUUACCCCCCAGACAUCUGGGACGACUGUGAUUGUUUCAAAGUGUGUGAGAGCUUCCGUCAAAACUUUAGGCGUCCAAGGGAGCAAUGGCAGGCCCCCAAGCAGAAGAGCUGCUAGAUAUUCUUCGUCUGAACGUGGGCGGCUGCAUUUACACGGCCCGGCGGGACUCUCUGUGUCGCUUUAAGGACUCCAUGCUGGCAUCCAUGUUCAGCGGGCGUUUCCCUCUGAAAACAGAUGAAUCCGGGGCGUGCGUCAUCGACCGCGACGGACAGCUGUUUAAGUACAUUCUGGAUUAUCUCCACGGAGAAGUGCAGCUUCCCUCAGAUGCGCAGACCCGAGCCGCCCUGCAGGAAGAGGCCGAUUAUUUUGGCAUCCCUUAUCCGUACAGCCUGUCUGACCACUUGGCCAAUGAAAUGGAGACAUAUUCUUUAAGGUCAAAUAUAGAACUUAAAAAGGCUUUGACAGACUUCUGUGACUCGUACGGCGUAGUCUGUAGUAAGCCGACAGUCUGGGUUCUCCACUAUCUUAGCACAUCUGGUGCCAGCUGUGAGAGCAGGAUUACCGGUGUCUAUGCCACAAAGGCCGACGGGACCGACGCCAUGGAUAAGCAGCUGGGUGGAAGGAUGCACAGCAAAAGCAUCUUCAAAAGAGAGGCGGGAAAUAAUGUUCAGUACAUUUGGAGCUAUUACUCAGUAGCCGAGCUGAAGAAAAUGAUGGAUGCCUUUGACACCUGGGAAGGAAAAGGUGUAAGCUACUGGCGUGUGCCUCACGAGCUGAUAGAGUGCUGGACUCUGGAAGAGCAGCCGUUGCAUGGAAGCCUGCGUCAUAUGGCCCCCAUCCGAAAGAGGCGGCUGCUAACCCUCGGUGAGGAGGAUGAAGGUCUGAACUGCAAGGCUGGUCCUACGCCGGUCAGAUUUCUGGGCCCUUCCACAAGCACCCAAAUUAAAGUCAAGAACUCUGCUUCUGUGAGAGUGUCGCCUGUCCGUGCUGCCCAGAUCUCCUCUCAGGCCACAGCAAACUGGUCUCGAAGAGGCAGCUAUGGAAAGGCCCCUGUGGCCACUGGGGCAUCUGGGCAUGCUCCUGCUUCCCCUCACUCCCAGAAUGCUGAGAACCCAGCCACACAGCCACCGCCUGCCAAGGUGCUCCUCUCUGACAAGAAGUCUCUGCCGCACCGAGUGAUCAAGCUGAGGAGGACUCCACUGUGUCUGGGGCCUUCCCCGCCCACCCCCUCAGCAGGGAGCCAGGGCAGCUCCCCACAGCAGCCUUCUCCAGAGGUGUCCAUCACUUCGGUUGUGCGGACUGAGACCAGGGAAGAUCAGCCUGAUGGGUAAAGUGGACUGAAAACUGCGCGGCUUCCCGUACACCGGUUCCAGCAAGUGCGCUCUGUUCCUGGCAGCAGAAGCGAAACCCAAGUGGAUGUUUAGGGUGUUUACAGGGAAAAUGAGUUCCAUGACGUGGGGUAGAGGAAGAGACUUGGCGGUUGUGGGAUUACUUCCUUUGCGUUUUCCUAAGGUUGUCUGUGUGCAGUUUGGUUUCUAGCUUUUAAUGUAAGCUUUAUUUAGAUGGUUAAUUGAUGUCAAGGUGACCGAGCAGUGUUCACUGGAAACAUCUCCCCUUUUGCAGUAAUACUACAGGUUGUCUGGCCACUCUUAGGAUGUUACUCCUGUAGCCCAACGGUGGGAGUGAGGCCUGGCAUAGGUUCCUGUCAGAUGGAGGGCACCAGUGCUGGCCACACUGUAUGGCAGCUGGGCGCGUCUCCGCGGCAGUGUGCAGCUACAAGCUGCUUAUUCUUCAAAUACAGCCUGAGAGCAGUGAAGGGGAGAGGAAAUAACACAGUUACAGACCAGACUUGGGCUCUCACUUGAUCGGGCCAUUCUCUUUCCAGAUGUCUUCAGGCACACCCAGUGCGUGUGGUAGGAGCUGCAGAAUGGGUUCUGGGAUGGUUCAGAUUUUGGUUUCAAUAGUCACGUUUCAAAGUGCUUUGGAAAAGAGAAGUUGAGCAAGUUUAACUUUUUAACUCAAGUUAAUUUGUUCUUAGAAGUGACCAUUGAAGAGUCCUUUGGUUUAUACACUAUGUUUUAUGCACAGUUUCCAUAUGACUUGAAUUUCAUAGUUUUGAACAAAAUAUUUUGAUUAAUCCUCUAUUUUUUUCAUAAACAUUGAAUUGUGUGUGUUUACUCUUACACAUUGUUUGGUAACGGGAUCGUCAGUUUCUACUUUUCAUGGACUCUGUGCUUCAGUGGUUAAAGAUGGUUCUAGAGCACUGUGCUCCUUACUUGGGUCCUGGGCACACACUUGGAUUGCUCUGGAAGAGUGAGACAGGCAUAUGUGUAAUGUUUCUUUUAAAUAAAUAAAAUGUUUCCACAAA